AUUUUAGAUGAACCAAACUUGCAAGGUUUGUGGGGAACCUGCAGCAGGAUUUCAUUUUGGGGCAUUUACAUGUGAGGGUUGUAAGUCAUUCUUUGGCCGCUCCUAUAAUAAUUUGUCCUCCAUAUCGGAUUGUAAAAAUAAUGGGGAAUGCAUUAUCAAUAAAAAGAAUCGAACGGCUUGUAAAGCCUGUCGUUUGAGAAAGUGUUUGAUGGUGGGCAUGUCCAAGAGUGGUUCUCGUUAUGGCAGAAGAUCCAAUUGGUUUAAGAUACAUUGUUUGCUGCAGGAACAGCAACAGCAGGCAGCAGCUGCUAUGGCAGCUCAUCAAAACAAUCAGCAACAGGCUCAUAACUCGGCUGGCGGUAUGCAUGCUAAACCUCCGGGCAUACCACCUCCUGCAGCGGCUGCUGCUGCUUUGGGUAUGUUAGGUCAUGCUGGUGCCUAUUCUGGCUUAUAUCCUCCCCGCACUAAAGAAGAAUUGAUGAUGUUGAGUUUAGAGGAAUAUGCCAAACAUCCUGCUGCUUCACCCUCGGUAAGUUCACCGGAUUCACACAAUUCCGAUAGCUCGGUAGAGGUAAAUGGUAGAGCUAAUGCCAAUCUAAUGCAUUUGUCAAACAAACAUGCCCUAGAGGGUGGCUCUGCCAGUGCUAGCUCUUCAGUGGGACCACCUCCACCGCCACAUCCGGCUCAUUUAAGAAAAGAUCUACCGCCCUUUUUACCUUUGCCAUUUCCUGCCCUCUCCUCCAUGCCUGUUAUGCCACCUCCUAGUUUUCUACCUCCUUCACAUUUACUCUUUCCUGGUUACCAUCCUGCCCUUUAUCAACAUGCCCAUGCCGGUCUGCUGAAACCUUCGCCGGAACAACAGGCUGCAGCUGCUGCUGUACAUCAACUAUUCAAUAAUGCUCCUAGAUUUCAUCCUACAACUAUAACCACCUCAACGGAAGAACGUAAAUUGGAACAGGAACACAAACAGGUUUCUUCACCCUCCUUACUGACUCCCCGCUCAGAUGCCUUAAACAAUAAUCACAUACCAAAUGGCAGCAAGGCUGCAGAAGAGUUAACCAAACGUUUUUAUUUAGAUGCUGUGCUUAAGUCUCAACAGCAAUCACCCCCACCUAUGGUUACCAAAAUACCCAAUCUUACCAAACAUGAUCAUUCCAUUUCCGCUCUGGUCACACCCAACUCAGAGAGUGGUCGUAAUCACAGCAAUACUUCAAGGCAAAGUAAUGAAGAGGAGCUGGAGGAAGAGGAAAGAGAACAGCUAACUAAGUCUCUUAAUGAUUCCCAUUCAAAUGGUCAGGAUAGUGAGCCAGCGCAUGAUGAGGAGGAGGAAGAAGAUUUAGUGGUAUCCAUGACUCCCCCUAGAUCCCCUAUAGAUAUAGAGGAGGAGGAGGAAAAUCAAUCAAGCAAAUCUUUACAACAGGAAUCACAAUCUCCUAAGGGACAAGAUAAUCCCAUAGAUUUAAGCAUGAAAACCGCCAGUUCGGUAUCUAGCUGUUUAAGCAUCAGCAAUCGUUGUGAUUCCUCGUCGGAGCAGGAAAAUGAUAAUAAUGAUUGUAACGAUCAUAAUGAAGAGCAGUUGGUUGAGAAGGAUUCUUGGAGCAGACAAGAUUUUAGCAUAAAUUCUUUGAAUAACAAUAACAAUGACACUGAAGAGGAGGUGGGUACUAAAGGUAAGGGAGUGAAGAGAAAAUUAGACGAUGGCUCAAGUCAAAAUUCAGCAGAGGAAGAAUGUGAACAAAUACACCGAAAAAAAUUGGGUUCUGCUUUAGAUUUGACUAGUAAAAUAUAAACUAAAUGUAAAAAAAAAUUUAAACAAUUUUAAGAAAUUAUUAAAAAUUUUUAAAAAGAAAUUAUUUUCCAAAAUUCUUAAUU